CCUCGCGGUUCAUCACCCUCUUACGACCCCUCCAUCGUCCAGCUCAUUUCUAGUCCUCAGUCAUGCGUGAAAUCGUUCACCUCCAAACCGGCCAGUGCGGCAACCAAAUCGGUGCCAAAUUCUGGGAGGUCGUCUCAGAUGAGCACGGCAUCGAACCGGAUGGGCUGUACAAGGGUACCAACGAUGAGCAGCUUGAGCGGAUCAAUGUGUACUACAACGAGGUUGGCGCGAACAAGUACGUUCCGCGCGCGGUCCUAGUCGACCUGGAGCCCGGUACCAUGGACUCCGUCCGAUCCGGUCCUCUCGGUAGCCUCUUCCGCCCCGACAACUUCGUCUUCGGUCAGAACGGAGCUGGUAACAACUGGGCGAAAGGACAUUACACGGAGGGUGCGGAGCUUGUCGACUCCGUCCUCGAUGUCGUUCGCAAGGAGGCUGAAGGUACCGACGCGUUGCAAGGCUUCCAGAUCACCCACUCGCUUGGCGGUGGUACCGGUGCUGGCAUGGGUACUCUGCUCAUCUCCAAGAUUAGGGAGGAGUACCCUGAUCGCAUGAUGGCUACGUACUCCGUUGUCCCCAGUCCGAAGGUUUCGGAUACCGUCGUUGAGCCAUACAACGCGACACUUUCGGUCCACCAGCUUGUUGAGAACUCUGACGAGACCUUCUGCAUUGACAAUGAGGCGUUGUACGACAUCUGCUUCCGAACACUCAAGUUGACGACGCCGACGUAUGGGGACCUGAACCACUUAGUCUCCAUCGUUAUGUCCGGCAUCACGACUUGCUUGCGUUUCCCUGGUCAGCUGAACUCUGACCUCCGAAAGCUCGCUGUCAACAUGGUACCCUUCCCUCGUCUUCACUUCUUCAUGACUGGUUUCGCUCCUCUUACCGCCCGCGGCAGCCAGCAAUACCGUGCUGUCACCGUUCCCGAGCUCACGCAGCAGAUGUUUGACGCAAAGAACAUGAUGGCUGCGUCCGACCCUCGUCACGGUCGUUACCUGACCGUUGCUGCUGUGUUCCGUGGCAAGGUCUCCAUGAAGGAGGUCGAGGAGCAGAUGCAGAACGUGCAGAACAAGAACUCAGCGUACUUCGUCGAGUGGAUCCCCAACAACGUCCUCACCGCACAGUGUGACAUUGCUCCCCGGGGUCUCAAGAUGGCUGUCACGUUCUUGGGUAACUCGACUGCUAUCCAGGAGCUCUUCAAGCGUGUCAGCGACCAGUUCACUGCCAUGUUCAAGAGGAAGGCCUUCCUUCAUUGGUACACGCAGGAGGGUAUGGACGAGAUGGAGUUCACUGAGGCUGAGUCGAACAUGCAAGAUCUUGUUGCCGAGUACCAGCAAUACCAGGACGCUACGUGAGUUGUCCCUGUUCAUCACACAGACAACAACAGCUGACUUGUGUUGCAGCGCUGAGGAGGAGGGCGAGUACGAGGAGGAGGUCCCUGUUGAGGACGAGUAAUCUCCUUUCUUGUGUUGUCCAGUGUUGGUGGUGCUCCUUUGAUCCUCAAAAGCUCUACUAGGUAUUUUCCUUUUAUUGGUCGCUUUCCAAGUUCGCUGCAUGUCUCUACUCUACCCUCGGUCCGCGCUGGCACGAAGUUACCCCUAGUCUGCAUACCUGUGCCCUCCGAUCAUUAUCUUCCCGUACCAUGAAUUGAUGUCGUUUCUGCGGGUCUGCUGUAGCUUAUAGCCCGCUAGAGUGAUAUCUGUUUGCUGAGCGACAUCUGGGGUCUGUGAUAUGCAUAUGUGCGUUGCAUGUGGGCACUGCUUAUCCCAAAGUGCUAUGCGACAUCCG